CGCUGCCGGCUGCGGGCCUCCCCGGCCGAGCUGUUUGUCAGCAGCCCGGGUGACCCAGAUCCCCGGCACCCCCGCGCUUGGCCCCCGCCUUGCAGGCCACGGGCGGGCCCGGAGCGGAACGAAGGCCACGCGGGGCGUUCAGACGUGAGCCCUGGGUCCACUUUGGUCCGCUGGCCGACCCCAUCCCGAGGGAGGGACCGAGAUCGGACGUGCCGCGGAGCGGCGAUCCGGGGAAGCCGGCGUGGGGACCGUGGUGCGCAGUGGGGAGCGACAGGAGAGUUGGGCCUGACUCCUCUGCAGGGGCGACUCGCCUGCGUGUGGCCGCGGUCACGUGUGAUUUAUGUCGAGUAUGGCUCACUUGCGAAGACUGAUUCACAUGGAUGAUUCACAAGUAGGGAAUGCGGGUGCCCCGUGCCCAGGCCUGGCUGAGAGGAGGAAAGGGUUUCGGGGCAAGUUGGGGGGUGGGCGGACCAGGGCCCCAGGGUCUCAGCGGCCCCUAACCGGGAGCAGGGCAGUGUCCCAGUCACACAGGUGUCACCUGCUCCUCGUCUCCCUCUCAGCCCCUGGUCCCUCCCUUCCCGCUGGGACUCGGACUCCUGAUAUCCAUCUGGGUGAGCCCUGUCCUGCCAGCCAGAGAGACCGGCUGUGCCAGAGGCAAGCAAACAACUAUUAGGGUGGGGAGAGGGAGCCCGCAGUGAGCCGGGACAGAGACCGGGAGCUUCGCGGGAGAGAGGCGGGCGAGCCCCAGAGCAUCCCAGAGAGAGCGGGGCCUUCCCUGGGAGGCCUACCUGCCCGGGCCGAGCCCCCCCACUCAGGAGCUCCGCAGGCCGACAGCUCAGCCCCGCCCCGCCCCCGCCCCUCCCCCCGGCCCCCUGCGCCAAGGCGGGCUGCUGCUGUGGUCACCGCUGCCGGGGCAUCCCUCUUUCCUUCCCGCCAUGGCCGUGUACCGCGUGUGUGUGACCACGGGUCCCUACCUGAGGGCCGGCACGCUGGACAACAUCUCUGUCACUCUGGUGGGCACCUGUGGUGAGAGCCCCAAGCAGCUGCUGGAUCGCUUGGGCAGGGACUUCGCCCCUGGGUCUGUGCAGAAGUACAAGGUGCGCUGCUCAGCGGAGCUGGGCGAGGUCUUGCUGCUGCGUCUACACAAGGAGCGCUACGCUUUCUUCCCCAAGGACUCUUGGUACUGCAGCUGCAUCUGCGUCACGGCCCCCGAUGGCACCCGUUCCCACUUCCCCUGCUAUCAGUGGAUUGAGGGCUACUGCACCAUAGAGCUGCGACCAGGAACAGCAAAAACUAUUUGUCAGGACUCCCUUCCCCUUCUUCUGGACCACAGGAAACGGGAGCUCCAGGGCCGACAGGAAUGUUACCGCUGGAAAGUUUACGCCCCCGGCUUCCCCGGCAUGAUAGACGUCAGCAGCUUUGAGGAGAUGGAGACAGACAAGAAGUUUGCCUUGACCAAGAUGACGCCUCGGGCAGACCCAGGGGACAGCAGUGGGAAUCGGUACUUGCCUGGCUUCCCCAUGAAGAUUGACUUCCCGUCCCUGAUGCACAUGGAACCCAACAUUCGCUACUCAGCCACCAAGACGGCCUCUCUGCUCUUCAACGCCAUCCCCGCGUCUGUGGGCAUGAAGCUCCGUGGGCUGCUGGACCGCAAGGGCUCCUGGAAGAAGCUGGACGACAUCCGGAAUAUCUUCUGGUGCCACAAGACGGUGAUUUCAGAGUACGUUAUGGAGCACUGGUGCGAGGACCCCUUCUUCGGGUACCAGUACCUGAACGGCGUCAAUCCCGUCAUGCUCCACUGCCUCUCCAGCUUGCCCAACAAGCUGCCCAUCACCAAUGACAUGGUGGCCCCUUUGCUGGGACCUGACACCUGCCUGCAGACGGAACUAGAGAGGGGCAACAUCUUCCUAGCGGACUACUGGAUCCUGGCGGAGGCCCCGGUCCACUGCCUCAACGGCCGCCCCCAGUACGUGGCCGCCCCGCUCUGCCUGCUAUGGCUCAACCCGCAGGGGGCGCUGGUGCCCCUGGCCAUCCAGCUCAGCCAGACCCCCGGGCCGGAAAGCCCCAUCUUUCUGCCCACUGACUCUUACUGGGACUGGCUGCUGGCCAAGACGUGGGUGCGCAACUCCGAGUUCCUGGUGCACGAGAACAACACACACUUUUUGUGCACGCAUUUGCUGUGCGAGGCCUUCGCCAUGGCCACGCUGCGUCAGCUGCCGCUCUGCCAUCCUAUCUACAAGCUCCUGCUCCCGCACACUCGCUACACGCUGCAAGUGAACACCAUCGCGCGGGCCACGCUGCUCAACCCCGAGGGCCUUGUGGACAAGGUCACCUCGGUCGGGAGGCAAGGCCUCCUCUACCUCAUGAGCACCGCUCUGGCCCACUUCACCUACACCGAUUUCUGCCUUCCGGACAGCUUGCGGGCCCGCGGCGUCCUGGCCAUCCCCAACUACCAUUACCGGGACGACGGCCUGAGGAUCUGGGCGGCCAUUGAGAGCUUCGUCUCCGAAAUCGUGGGCUACUAUUAUCUCAGUGAUGCAUCUGUGCAGCAGGACUCGGAGCUGCAGGCCUGGGUCGGCGAGAUUUUUGCUUGGGCGUUCCUGGGCCGGGAAAGCUCAGGCUUCCCACGCCGGCUGUGCACUCCAGGAGAGCUGGUGAAGUUCCUCACUGCAAUCAUCUUCAACUGCUCCGCCCAGCACGCCGCUGUCAACAGUGGGCAGUACUGGGAUGGCAGGGCGAGAUCAGGGAUGAGGAAGGAGCUGGUUCUCCCACUCUGGCCAGCUGACUCAACUGGGGUGGGGUCUCUACAGCAUGACUUUGGGGCCUGGAUGCCCAACACCCCGUCAUCCAUGAGGCAGCCCCCACCACAGACCAAGGGGACCGCCACCCUGAAGAGUUACCUAGACACCCUCCCAGAAGUGAAUGUCACCUGUAACAACCUUCUCCUCUUCUGGUUGGUCAGCCAGGAGCCCAAAGACCAGCGGCCCCUGGGCACCUACCCGGAUGAGCACUUCACGGAGGAGGCCCCUCAGCGAAGCAUCGCCGCCUUCCAGAACCGCCUGGCCCAGAUUUCACGGGAGAUCCGGGAGCGGAACCAGGGUCUGGAGCUGCCCUACGCCUACCUGGACCCUCCCCUCAUCGAGAACAGUGUCUCCAUUUGACCCACUCCUCCUACUGCCCUGGAAAAAGGCUCCAGCUCAAGGACAUGAGGAGGGCCGGCAUGUCAGGGUCCCCUCUGUUCCCACUCAGCUGGAGCCUUCUCUGCACCUGGGGACCUCCCCCCCCAGGGUGGCUCUAGCCUCCUACGGGUGGGCCCUGAGCAGUGGGGGACCCGUAGAGCAGCGUCCAGGGUGAGAAGCCGCUGCCUAACAUCAAACGCACAGCAGGUCCUUCAAGAGGAAGGAACCCCAUCACCCCUUUCUCUACUUGGGCAGCCUCCUAAUUUCCCUCUCCUGUGAAAACCUACCUCCUCCCAUUGGGAAACCCACAAGGACUCUGAGCUCCCCUUUCCCGUCCUCCCCUGUCCCCAAACCCUUCCUCUUGCCUUGUUGCUUUGUUUCCGCUUUCCUCCAAGCCUAGGACCACCCAGUCUAACUUCCCUCUUUGGCAGAGCCUGGAAAAUGGGCAAGAAAAGAUGUGUGGCCUGGGUCUGCCCCAUGGUCCCCGUUGACAUCAGCAUCUUUAAAGGGAGGGUUAGGAUUACAGCCCAGCUUCCUUGGACCUCUAGCUGCAGGCCUCCGGGAGCUUGGGUGUAUGGGGGGACCCUCUCCAGCCCUUGUCCUGUCUCCUCCCUCCUGUUUUCCUGUUCUUGAGCCCAAUGAAUUCAAUAAAAUCCAACAUA